AUGUCUUCAUCACAGGUAAACCUAGAAGAAUGUCGAAUUCCACUUAAGGAGAUCAUGCGGGCCACACAAAACUUCAGUUCACACAAUUGGGUCGGAGAUGGUGGAUUUGGUAGCGUGUACAGAGGACAACUCUCUGAACGCUGGAAAAACCACUUAGUAGCAAUCAAACGCCUUGAUCGUAAUAGUUAUCAAGGAAGCAUCGAGUUCACUAAAGAAGUCAACUUGGUUUCAAGUUUUAACCAUCCAAACAUCAUCCAAUUCGUUGGCUACUGUGACGAUGCAAACGAAAAAAUUAUAGUUUUCAAGUAUGCUAGUAACAGUAGCCUUGAUCGACACCUCGGUGACCCAGAGAAAAGACGUAUUCUAACAUGGGAACAACGCCUUAAGAUAUGUUUGGGGGCAGCAAGAGGAGUCAAGUACCUUCACUCGGGUGUUGAGGAGCACAACAGAAUAAUUCAUCGAGAUUUCAAGAGUGCAAAUAUAUUGUUAGAUGAUAAUCUGGAAGCCAAAAUAUGUGAUUUUGGUUUGUCAUUAUUAUCUCCAAGAAAUCAAGGAGACACACAUGUCCGGACAAUUAAAGAUUGCUGUGGGAUGAUGGCUUAUCAUGCAACGCGUUUUGAAGAUACUAAGGAACUAUAUCUGAUCGACCUCGUCCGAAGCUACUAUGAUGAUCAUGGACUCAUUGACGGACUUCAAAAGUUAAUAGAUCCCACUAUCAGAGCUCAAAUUGAUAUGAGUUCCUUUGAAAAAUUUAAUGAAAUUGCACAUGACUGCAUUAACUUGGAUGUAAGGAAACGCCCUACGGUGGAUAGGAUCAUCAAGACUAUAGCGGAAGCAUUGAAUAUUCAAAGCUUCCAGCUAGAUAUAGAGAGUGGUAAAAAGUGCUAUAUGUUGGGAGCAAAGGAGCUAUCAAUUCGAUGGAAAGAUGAUCCCCAGUUAUGGGAAUGGGAACACGCACCUGAAUCAAGGUUUCCAGAGGUCUGUAUACUUAAAGAGCUAUACUGGCUUUCCAUCCAUGGCAAAAUAGCAUCUGUAAUGCUGUCACCAAAUAGUACAUAUAAUGCGGAUGCGUGUAGAGCUGCCUCCCUCUCCAAAGGAUUCAAUUCAGCAGCAGAAUCCAACGCCGUUUGGCAGGAGUUUCUGCCACAGGAUUACCGUGAAAUCAUUAGCCGGAGGAUGUUUUUUCCGUUGAGUUUGGGCUCUAAAAAGCGACUGUACCUCUUAUUGUCAAACUCACAUAUCCUCCUCCACCCUGGCAAUUUGAGCUUCCAGUUAGAUAAGGAGAGUGGGAAGAAGUGUUAUAUGUUAGGAGCAAAGGAGCUAUCAAUUACAUGGCAACAUGACACUCAAUACUGGGAAUGGACACAUAUACCAGAAUCAAGGUUCCCGGAAGUGUGCAUACUUAAACAAGUUUGUUGGCUUUCAAUCCACGGAAGAAUAGUAGCUGGGAUGUUGUCCCAAAACAGUACAUAUGAUGCGUAUCUUGUCUUUCGAACUACUGAGGAUUCCAUAGGACUUUCCGUGCCAGCAAAAACAAGGUUAAGUUUUGGUGGGUCAAAAAUGGAAACUGAAAAUGUUUAUCUUCAAAGGCCACAUCAUGUGCAAGAAAACUAUGUGUUUCCUCAUAAGAGGAAGGAUGGGUGGAUGGAGAUCAAACUGGGAGAAUUUGAUUACAAUGAAGGAGAUAACGGGAAGGUUGAGAUGGCGUAUGAGGAGAUCAAGUUGGGACACUGGAAGAAGGGUCUUAUCGUGGAGGGUAUCGAGCUGCGGCCUAAAUAA